AUGGGGGUUAACUGGGCAGACCUGCCGACUGAUUUGGUGGUUAAUAUACUCGAUAAACACAUAGUAUCAUUCGUGGACGGUCUAGCCUUUUCCGGUGUGUGUCGUUCGUGGCGUAAAGCUUCUGAAUUAGUCAAUUUGAAGCACAAGUGGGAGUGUCAAAUGCCGUGGCUUAUGCUAACUGAUGGCAACCAGGAUAUCACCGAGCAUGAAUGGAUAGGGCCUUAUCUAAAACCCGAUCAUGAGAAAGUUAGAUGUUACAAUGUCGAGUGUGAUCUAGGAUAUGGAAGGAAGUGUUGGGGAUCAUCUCAUGGUUGGAUACUAACUCAUGGGAUUGAUGAUAACAUGUACUUAUUUAACCCUCUUACCAAGGAUUGCCUCGAUCUCCCUUGUCGCCGUACAAUCCCUUUCCUUCGGGAUAAUUCUGGUGAAUUCCUUGGUGCAUAUUUCAUAAACAGGGCUGUUGUACUUAAGGUAUCAGGUGAUACUUUAGUGGUGGUACUUAUAUAUGAUGCCUAUCUUAGAGCUGCAAUUGCCAAGCCCGGGGACACACAGUGGACACCAAUUAUAUCUGAGAAAAGGGCUAUUUACCGGAGGGUUAUGGAUGUAUUAUACCGUAGGGAUAAUCUUGGUACCGAUGGACUUGUAUUCGUGAAUGAGAGUGGCAAUAUUGCACUGGUAAACCUUGAUGAUGUUCAGAAUAAGAAACCUCUGGCAUUAAGUUGGUACGGAUGUUACGUACCGUAUAUACAAACCUACAUAGUUAAUUCUGGUCAGGAUCUUCUGUUGGUAUUGAGGAUAUUUGAGACGGAAACAAACGAUGAAGGAAAGGUCAGAGAAGGUGAACAUGAUAUUGAUCAUUACAAGACAGUUAAUUUUAAGGUUUACAAGUUUCAGUUUGAUGACAGGAGUUGGGAAGAGUUGAAAGAUUUGCAAGAUGUUGCUCUAUUUGUGGGUAACAAUGCAACUAUGUCUGUUCGUGCAAGUGAGAUGGGAUGCCAACGCAAUUGCAUAUACUUUACAGAUACUUACACAUUCGGUUCUAAUGCCACCAAAGAUAAACUUGCGGGACAUGACUUUUGUGUUUUUUAA